GAAGAGCGGACAGCGCUCUUAACCUCUGAGCCAUCUCUUACUGUCUGGUCCUGUACUCCAUUUCUCCGGUUUCCAGACUUUGCCCUUCCUUUUACCUGAUUCUAAAUACCAGCCUUGUGUCCCAUGAGUGUGGGGACAAGGCCACUGGAGGCGAACGGCCAGGUGUUCACUCUCAGCAGCAUCACCGACCUUCGCAUCCUCUUCUCUUCUCUCAGCCAUCUCGGUCCAGAGCUCCCAGCGGGGAGGCUGGACUUGGACCUCCUCUGCCUCAGUGCUUCAUCACCCCCACCCACUGCAUGUGGCUCUUGGAGAAAGCCGGCUAUAGGGUGAGGACCGCUGAGGUCCCCAAGCGCCGGGCCCCGGGCUCGCCUUCGACCUGCAACCCUAACGUCCUCACCCCCGAUCGCAUCCCGCAGUUCUUCAUCCCGCCUCGGCUCCGGGACCCCAGCGGCACCGAAGCCAGGGUGGACCGCAACCUGGGCUGCCGGAACCUCCCGGUCGCCUGCUCCCUGCCGCACCUGGCGGGCCGCGAGGGCUGGGCCUUCCUGCCGGAGAGCCCGCACACGCGCCGCCGCGAGUCCCUGUUCCACGCGCCGCGCGGCCCAGCUGCUGGCCUGGCCCCCGCGCCCUCGCGGCUGCACGUCUCGGCCCCGGACCUCCGCCUCUGCCGGGCGCCAGAUAGCGACACGGCCUCGUCGCCGGACUCCUCGCCCUGCGGCUCCCCGCGCUCGCCUAGGCCCUGCUUUCUGCCCCCCGACGAGGCCAGCUCGGCGGACACCAGCCCGUACGCGCCGCGCCGCGCGCCGCCGCUCUUCCACCUGGACUUCCUCUGCUGCCAGCUGCGGCCGACCAAGGACAGUGUGCUGCGCCUGGGGCCCCGCGGGGGGCGGCUGCGCCUGUCCACCGAAUACCAGGCCGGGCCCGGGCGGCUGAGGCUGCGCCUGGUGAGCGCCGAGGACCUGCCUCGGCCGCGAGCCCGGCCCGGGAGCGGCGGGGGCGGCUGCUGCGUGGUGUUGCAGCUGCAGCCGCGCGUGAGGCCGCGAGCUCAGCGGAGUCGGGUGGUCCAGGGCAGCUCCAACCCCAUCUUCAACGAAGACUUCUUCUUCGAAGGGCUGGGCCCUCCAGACCUGGCCGCCCGCAGUCUGAGGGCCAAGGUGCUGGACAGGGGCGCGGGGCUGCGCAGAGACGUGCUGCUGGGGGAGUGUGAGACGCCCCUGGUCGCCCUGCUGCCCCCCCUGGCUGGAGGUCUAGGCUCAGGGUCCUCCGUGGCACCUGUGCAUCUUAGCCUAUAG